GUACUUUAGACUCGCCCUCACUUGGCUCUUGUUUACAUCACAACUGAUUCCCUGAAGUCUGUCACCGCAAACCUGGCUCCUUUAAGUGUUCCCAUCAUAGGCACACUAACUGGUUUAUAUUAGGUACAUGUUCACAGGAGACUUCCAGUAGUCAAGUGUUGUAUAUCUUGGCCUCUUGCUUCAGACGUCUUGCUGGUUCCUCUAGACUCUUCUGAUGACUGGUCAGCAUCACCUGCCUCUUCAGUGGUGUGGAGUUCAGGGUUUAAAAAGUGGGUGAUGUGAGACAAAGAAUUGUAGAUCAAGGAAGAUCAUUCUCCCACACACCACCGCCACAGCCAUGCCGACUGCAGGAGCCAUGACCCUGAUGUUCAUUGGGGUCAUCCUCUUUGCCUUUAUCCUGUUUGUGACCUGCUUCAAGAGGCAGGUGGGACGCAUGAAGAAGCGCUCCAGAAGAGACCCUCACGUGCCAGGCUCUGAAGCCAAAAAGGCAUUGCGGCGGGAAAUAGAGCGUCGACUAGACAGAGUAGCAGACAUUUACUAUGAGCCAAAACUGCUGACCUUGGAGAUUGACAACCAAGCAAACUCUGAUCUGCCUCCUUAUUACUUCAGGAUGAAAGCAGUUGACAACAUGAAGUAUCUUGAACAGGAGCUGUCCUCCCUAGAGGGUGUGAGCCCCCGUGGGGCCAGGGAGAGUGUGCGUGCCUUUCUUAUGAACCUGACCAGUCCUGGAGGAGUGUUGGCCUCUGUGGAGCCUCGCAUCAUCCAUGAACUCUGUGACCACUAUGACCAUGCCAGGUUCCACCCGAUGCAAUUCUCUGCAACUCAGUUCACUCCGUACCACAGCCUUUUGUCACGUAUAUUGCACUGUGGCAGAAAUGGGGAGAAGAUGAGUGGACGAGGCACAGUGACAGCCAAGGCUCCAAGUGACCAUGAUUCUGCCAUUGAUGAGCCAGAGCAUGACCACAGUGGAGAUGAUGACAACCUCAUCAUCACCGAGUCCAAUGUUGUAUUGUUGCAUCGGCCAGCAUCACUCAAAGUGUCUCCUGAUGACAACUUUGAAACUUCGGUUCCAGAGUGGGCUGCAAGUAGUCACGCGUAACAAGAACUUAUAUCCAGCCAUCCGUGCAUCAAGCAGCAGAAUUAAGUUUUCCUCCCAUUGUAAUGAUAUUAUGGAAGUCUUGUACUGCCAAAAAUUAUACCAUUUUGCCAUCAAUAUUAUGUGAAACUAUAAAUGUCAGAAUUUAACUGAUUUCAAUAUAUAUCAAAGCCCUACACAA